AAUUUUUACAAAUAACAAAAAAAAAACAAGUUUUCUCUCACAAAACAAAAUUAUUUAAAAUAGAAUUGCAAACAAAAAAGCCGCUGGAACUUACAAAAUUAACGACGGUAUUUACAAAAAGAUCUAUGAAAUAUUUAAAAUAAUACAGUGAAAUUCAUUAAAACAAACCACUAAAAAGAAAAAAACAAAUUUGAAAAGAAAAAUGCAGUGUAGUUGAAAAAAAAGUGCAAAAAUCUUUUAAAUAUUAAACAAAAGUUUUAUAACCAACAAGAAUAUUAAAUUAUACAAAAAAAAAAAAACUAAAUUUGUGUUAUUAAAUUGUUGGAAAAGAACCAUAACAAAAUCGCCAACAUGCUUAUCGGUUCACAUCCUUAUUUGUGCAAUGGCGCCGGAGGUGUUAUAUCGGGAAAUAGUGCAAAUACAGCUAAUCCCAACACGACCACAACAAACAGUAAAACAGCCGCCGGCUCUGCUACAGAUUUCUCUAUAGCCGCCAUUAUGGCUAGAGAAGAAAACUCCUCGAGCCGUGAAUCAUCCGUUAGAUCAGCCAGUCCCAUUUCUAUAGAAGACGAAGUCGAUGUUGAUGUCGUCGAUUGCAGUGACUCCGAAGAGCCUCCCACCAAAUCACGUCGUUUAAAUAAUUCCAAUUGCAGCACCAGCACCGGCAAUUUAUCACACAGCCAAUUAAACACCAGCACAGCCAGCAGUGUGGGACGCUCCACGCCACCCCAAUCACCGGCCAGUGAUUUAGAUGGUGAACGCUCAUCGCCCGAACCUGCACCAAAGACCCCCAAAAUCGUGGGCUCUUGUAAUUGUGAUGAUUUGAAGCCGGUACAGUGUCAUUUGGAAACAAAAGAAUUAUGGGAUCGUUUUCAUGAAUUGGGCACAGAGAUGAUUAUCACCAAAACUGGAAGACGUAUGUUUCCCACUGUCCGCGUUAGUUUCUCGGGUCCCUUGAGACAAAUACAACCUGCCGAUCGUUAUGCUGUGUUAUUAGACAUUGUACCCAUGGAUUCGAAACGUUAUCGUUAUGCUUAUCAUCGUUCAGCGUGGUUGGUUGCUGGUAAAGCUGAUCCCGCACCACCCGCUAGAUUGUAUGCCCAUCCCGAUAGUCCGUUUAGCUGUGAAGCUUUGCGCAAACAGGUCAUUUCGUUUGAAAAAGUGAAACUGACCAACAAUGAAAUGGAUAAAAAUGGACAGAUUGUUUUAAACUCUAUGCAUCGUUAUCAACCUCGUAUUCAUUUGGUGCGUUUAAGUCAUGGCCAAAGUAUACCCACAACUCCCAAGGAAUUACAGGAAUUAGAUCAUAAAACAUAUGUCUUUCCCGAGACUGUUUUCACCGCCGUUACCGCUUACCAAAAUCAAUUGAUAACCAAACUGAAAAUUGACUCAAAUCCUUUUGCUAAAGGUUUUAGAGACUCUUCACGUUUGACCGAUUUCGAUCGUGAUCCAAUGGAGGCUUUAUUGUUGGAGCAACAACUGAGAUCACCUUUAAGAUUAUUCCCCGAUCCAAUAAUGCAACAGUUUGCCCAACAGGGAGCUGAUCCCACCUCCAUGGCCAUAUUUGAAAAAGCCCGCCAACAUUUACAAAUGUUUGGUGGCAAUUCACCUUAUGCCCAGUUAAUGAUGCCUCAAAUGUAUGCCCAACAGGCGCCACCUCCACCCGGCCUAGGGGCCUUCCACAUGUUCCAACAACAAUGGCCUCAAUUAACAGCUGGAUUUUUAGCCUCUGCCAACCAACAAGCUGUGGCUCAAGCUCAAGCAGCCGCACAGGCCCAAGCAGCAGCACAGGCCCAAGCAGCAGCCCAGGCUCAAGCUCAUGCCAACCGUACACCACCUCCACCACCCACAGCCUCAACACCCUCAUCCACCUCCUCGGGGUCACCGUCACCCGAUAUGAGACCCAGACAAUAUCAAAGAUUUAGUCCUUAUCAAGUACCCCAACAUCCUUCAGGGUCAGCACCCAGAAGUCCUCCCCAUUAAAUCCAUCAACAAAGCCCUGUAAAAUAACAAAACAUAACUAUGCCAAAACCAGUAUUACAAAAAAAAACCAACCAACCAACUACUAUAACAAUCUUUAAAGAAUUGUUUUCAACGAAAACAAUCGUAAACUAAACAAAAUACAAUAAUAAUAAUAUUAAUUCUCAUCAUUCUGUUUGUUAAUUUGUUUUGUACAGUUCAUUUUCUAUUUUAAAUAACUAACAUUGUAAAUUCAUUAAUUAAUUUAAGUUUAUUUUUACUUUAAUUGCGAUUUCUUUUUAACGAAUUUAGACAAAUUUUUAA